AGAAGGCAGAAAGUAGGGCUGAACAUAUGGAUGACUUUGGGGAAUCAAGCAAGGUGCUUUCGGUUAAGCAGCGACUAGGCAGAAAGUACGGUGAAAAUGAUCACAGGAGAGAUAGUGAUAGGCCUCGUAAUCGGAGCUGGAGUCGUGAUCGAAGCAGGAGUAAUGAGCGUAAUAGGGGUUACGAUCGUAACAGAAGUCGUGGUCGCGAGUGGAACAGGGAUUAUCGCCAGGAUAGUAGUGAGAACCGCGCCAAGAAUUUCCAUGCUAGUGCUAUAUGCAACUACUGUAAACGUAAAGGUCAUAUCCGUAAAAAUUGCUGGUUCUUACAAAACACUAAUCAAGGAAAGUCUGUGAAUUUCGUCGAAAAAGUUGAAACUGUUGCUGCAGAAACUUCGGUCACCGAUAAAUUCCAUAGAAUUCAAGUAAAUGAUACUAGUGAUGAGGAUUCUGAAAUCAGUUGCAUGAUGAUUGGUCGCAUUAGCAAAGCUACAGAGGCAUGUUUGGUUGAUGUAAGAGUACAGGGCAUUAAGCUAACAAUGGAAGUCGACACGGGUUCAGCAGUAGCGGUCAUUAGCGAAAUUUUGUAUCAGCAAAUGUUCUCUUCAAUUCCUGUUUCUAAAUGUGAUAAGAAGCUUGUCGUUGUUAAUGGGUCCAAAAUUGCUGUAGUGGGGGAAAUCACAGUUGAAGUCAUUUUGAAUGGAGUUACCGCUGACAGAAAACUUAUUGUUCUGAAGACAACGAGAAGCUUUACGCCACUUCUUGGUAGAGAUUGGAUGAAGGUGUUCUACCCAAACUGGAAGGAUCAAUUUAUGCAACCUCGUUCAGUAAACAGCUUGAGUGUUACUGAAGAUCCAGAUAAGGUUUUGGGUAGGAUCAAACAAAAAUAUUCAAACGUGUUCAAUAAAGACUUUACAGAGCCUAUUACAGGAUUUGAGGCGGAGCUUACGUUGAAAUCAGAGCAACCGAUUUUCAGAAGAGCGUAUCAAGUGCCAUUCAAAAUAAAGGAUAAGUUUUUGGAACAUUUGGACAUGCUGGAGAAGCAAGGAGUGAUCACUCCCAUUCAGGCAAGUGAAUGGGCCUCUCCAGUAAUAGCUGUAAUGAAAAAGGACGGAGAAGUUAGAAUGAUUCUGGUUGGUAAACACAAGACCAACGCGCACAGACGACAGUUGAAGGCGGCAUACGAAUCCAAACGAGGUAGAACGAAGGUACAUCUUCCAAACACCACGACGAACAAGCGUAGAAGGGACUCGAUCGAAGAGGAAGGUGAUUUCCUUGGGUUCUCGGAGAACUCGAUGCCUCCAGCCAUCCACGAGAGGAAGAAGAUCAAGCAAGUUAGAAGUCCUAUCAAAACGCGAUCGAAGACUGCGCAAAACAGCGGGACAGGAACACGCUGAAGCUGUGGUGUCAACGAGUUUGAUUUCGAAGAAUUAAAGUGAUUUGAAUUAUUGAAAUAUCCAAUCGAAUUUUGUAAAUUAAAAUGAUGGUCUUUUCUAAAGAAGGGAGAACUGUAGUAUCUACCCUGAUCUGAGUAAACUACUGUAAGAGUGUUAUCAAAUAAGAGUCUUGUGAGAGACUUGAGAGUAAGGAAUAAAGCAGAGUCAGUUUGUUACUAGCCGUUGCAUGAGACGGAGACGAAACCCAA